UUCAUCACAUGUUAACAUUAAGUCUGGCCCCAUCGAUGCUGAUGUAUUAUGGAUGCAACCUAAACAUGUUUCAGAACAUGUUUGGAAUGGGGAAGAAGAUAGGAAAUUACAUAUCAGACGAGCUGUCCCCACGUAUCAAGGGGAAGAACAAAUUCCUGAGCAAAUUUUUCCUUUUCUUCUACAAUCUGGUUUCGCUUGGAUUAUCAAGAUGGGGUACUUAAAAAUAAAUGCCUCAUUAAUUAGUGCUCUGAUAGAAAGAUGGAGGCCGGAAACACAUACCUUUCACAUGAGAUGCGGAGAAUGUACUAUUACUCUCCAAGACGUCUCUGUAUUGUUAGGUAUAAGUGUGGAUGGUUUACCAUUAAUCGGUCCAACAAAUCUUGAUUGGGCUGAUUUAUGUGAGGAAUUAUUGGGAGUCAGACCACAAGAAGAUGAAAUUAGAGGUAGUGUGGUGAAAUUAAGUUGGCUGGCUCACCAUUUUGCCCAAAUAAAUAAUGACGACGACGAAGAACAAGUACGAAGGUUUGCCCGUGCAUGGAUAUUGAGAUUCAUUGGAGGUGUCUUGUUCGUUGAUAAAAGCAGUAACAAAGUUUCGCUAAGAUACCUUCAAUUUUUACGUGACUUUGAAGAAUGUGGCAGAUAUGCAUGGGGAGCUGCCGUACUUGGUUUUCUAUACAGAGAGAUGUGCAAUGCCACCGAUUAUAAAACUAAAUCAAUCGGAGGUAUGUGCAUCUUACUACAAAUGUGGGCAUGGGAACGAUGUCCAACCUUGGCUCCAAAGAGGACUCCUUCCCAAGUAGAAAAUACACCACUGGGGCAUAGGUGGCUGCGACGUGGAAACCAACAUAUCGGCAAUGAUGAUGUGAGAGUUUUUCGUCGCAAGUUAGAUAUUAUGAAACGUCAUGAGUUUGUGUGGGAGCCGUACCCAUCAACCGUAAUAUCACUGUUGCCUCCCGUUUGUUUAGUCGGAAGUCUCGCGUGGUACGCGGUGGUGCCACUAAUUUGUUUCCAAGUUAUUGAGUGGCACCAACCGGACAGAGUAUUGAGACAAUUUGGGAUGCAACAGCCAAUUCCAGAGUCUCCUUCACAACCCUUAAACAUUCAUGGCAUAACAUUGAAAGGGAAACAUGACGAAAAUUGGGGGCAAUUGUUCGCCCCAAUGAUUGAUCAGUGGAAUAAUCGCCAUGCAUUUAGGGUCGACGCUUAUCCCCGACAAGAAGGCCUAUUGAGUUUUAACUCGGACUACAUGGUCUGGUAUAGGCGAAAGACAAAGAUGUUUGUUGACCCAGCAAAUGCAAAGACGGCUACAUUGGGUGAAGUUGCGGAGGCAUUACAAUACAUGGUGUCUCCUCAAGGGAGGAAUACAUGCACAUUUGAUGAUCUCGUGCCUUAUGUGGAAAAAAUUACAAUUUUAUCCGAAGAGCAAGAGAGAGUCACUGAGCCAGUGUCACAUGGUCCCGCAUCAGAGCGUCAAUUUCCUGCACAACAGUUUCACAUGCUUCAGUCAAGUAUUGAAACUCAGGGGAUAGACAGAAGAAGGGACAUUGUUGAAGCGGAAGAAUAUUCCCAACAAAUGGCGGAGCGUGGCCAUGGAAUGUAUUACACGCCACAAACAUUUGCUGAGUAUCCGACCCAGAUGUAUCAAUAUCCUUUUCAGGGUCAUCACACUCAUACUUCUGCAAGCCAGCAAUCCUUUGUCCCGCCAAAACGAAAAGGAAAAGCUGAAAUGGGGUGGGAGUGUCUCGCCAGUCCUGUGGACGAGACCCAGGCUACGUGGGCCAUAUCGCCAGUCCGACUGGCGGCUUCAGCUGGGUGUGUCGCCGUUCCCAUUGGCGACACCCUCCUCUCUCCAUCAGCUGGGUGUGUCGCCGUUCCCAUUGGCGACACCCUCCUCUCUCCAUCCUACGUGGCCAUAUCUCGCCACUGCUACUGGCAAUACACCCUUCUCUCCUCCUUUGCCGCCACUGGCAAUGGCGGGUUGAGCCAUGCCGCCAGUGGCAAUGGCGGUUUCCUCCACAAAACAAACCCCCUCCGUUAUUUGUUUUGA